AUGGGGUGCUUUUCUUGGAUUAAUCACUCUUCCAUCUCAACACUUGUGCUGGCCUUGCUACUGAAGAUGCGUUGUUCUGUAGAACAUUUGGUAUCUCUCCGUAGCGUUGCGGUGUGCUACGUAAAGGUGACUUUUUACACGGCAGGGCAGAUUAGAAAAAUUUGUGUCAUGUUUGUUGAACGUCACGGAUAUGUUUGUAACCUAUUUUCGUUUUGCAACAAACCAGGUGAGGAGCCGGGAGGGGUAGCCAAGAAAAAAACUAAAGUCAAAGGUAUUUCUAAUGGUCUUUUUCUUGUGGAACUUGAUGCAGAUGAUGAUGUCCGAAUUGCAUGCGCAUUGCAAAUACAGAUUGCAGUAAAAGAAACUAUUAAAGAGCCACUCAAGAAAUUAAGGGAGAAGCAGGAAUCCAAGAAGGAGGAGAUCAAAGAUGAGGAAGAAAAAAAGAAAGCCAGGAAAGGAAAAGAUGCUACCAAUCGAAAAGACAAGAAAACUGUUGAUAUGAAUAAAUCAAAGAAAGAUUCUGACAAGGCUAAAAGAGACAGAGGAAGGGAAAAAGGCCUAGACAAAAAUGUAAAAUCCAAGGAGACUACAAAAAAAUCAGACAGUGAAAAGGAUGGCCUUAAAGAAAGAUCUGUCCCAGCACAGCCAACAUCAGAAUCUGAGGAGACCAUCCAGUCUGCUGAGAAGUCCUACGUUGAAUCAGAGCAGAAGAAUGCUGACGUAGAUUUGGAUGAGGAAGUUCAGUCUGUUCUUCAUGACACUCUCCAUUCUCAGCCUGGAGAGACACAUGAAGAUGUAGAUGAAAGUAUAACUGACCAGUGGCAAGUGAAGGAAGAAAUACAUGGAGAAACCGUUGAAGGUCCUACAACAGAUGACUUGCUCAGAGAAUUAGAGAAUGAAAUGCUAGAAGCGUAUGAGACACCAGACUCAGUUCAGGAAGAUGCAGAUCUUUUGGCAGAUGAUCUUGGAGCAGUGGAGCCUGAACCAUAUGAAGCUCCAGUUUCAUACGAAUAUGAUACAGAUGUGGAAAAGACAGUAAGUGAUCCAGAAGUCCCAGAUGACUCUGAGCUCGUGCUUGAAGAUGCUGUGGAGCAUUACACAGAGAAUAGAGUGCAUGGUGAUAAUGAAGACCAUGAGCCAGAACAUGAAGAGCAGACUGAGACUCAAGAUACAGCUGUUGAGGAUCUUCCAGAGGAGGUGAAUGAACCCGCGAAGACAGAUGACGUUAUUGAAGAUGUUGAUACUGAUCAAGAGCUGCCAGUGGAAAGUAAGCAUACAGAAGAUGUUGUGGCCACUGAACCAGAGGACUCAGUUUAUUGGGAGGAAAUAUUGGAAGCUUAUUGGCACAAAGCUGGACACAAUAAUAAGCUAGGGAAAAGUGAAAAAGAAACUGAACAAGACAAACCAGAAAAAGCUAAAAAGAAGAAGCCAAAGCUCUUAAACAAAUUUGAUAAGACCAUAAAAGCUGAACUAGAUGCUGCAGAAAAACUACGUAAAAAAGGAAAAGUUGAAGAAGCUCUAAGGGCCUUUGAGUCAUUAGUGAAUCAAUAUCCACAGAGUCCUCGAGCAAGAUACGGGAAAGCACAGUCUGAAGAUGACUUAGCUGAGAAAAUGAGAAGUAAUGAGAUGCUGCAAAAAGCUAUCAACACCUAUGAUGAGGUGGUUAGUCUACCAAAUGUCCCUUCAGAUCUGAUAAAACUAAGUUUGAAACGAGAAGCAGACAGGCAGCAGUUUCUUGGUCGCAUGAGGGGUUCCCUGGUUACUCUACAGAAGUUAGUUCAGCUGUUUCCCAGUGAUACUUCGUUCAAGAAUGACCUUGGUGUUGGUUACCUCUUGAUAGGAGACAACAGCAAUGCCAAGAAAGUGUACGAAGAGGUUCUAAGCCUGGCUCCAAAUGAUGGCUUUGCCAAAGUACAUUAUGGAUUCAUCCUGAAGGCAGAAAACAAGAUAGCAGAGAGCAUACCGUAUCUAAAGGAAGGACUAGAGUCUGGUGACCCUGGCACGGAUGAUGGACGCUUUUAUUUUCAUCUAGGUGAUGCCUUGCAGAGAAUGGGAGACGAAGAGGCAUACAAGUGGUAUGAACUUGGAUACCAAAGAGGUCACUUUGCAUCGGUUUGGCAGCGCUCCCUCUACAAUGUCAAGGGACUGAAAGCUCAGCCUUGGUGGACAGCGAAAGAGACUGGUUAUACAGAACUGGUGAAG